AACGUCCUGAAGUUCACGGAGCAAGAACAUCCUGACUAUUACCUGCUGCUGGUGUGUGUGCAGCGCCUCCGGGUUUUCAUCUCACACUAUAGCCUCCUCUUCCAAUGCAAUGAAGACCUGCUUAUACAGAAGAGGAAAAAGCUGAAGAAGUCAUCCCUGGUGAAGCUGUACAAAGGUCUCACCUCACAGUGUACGAGCCAAGAGGUUUCUCCAACACCCAGCGCGACAUCUAUCCGGGACAGCGGGAUCCACUCUGAAGAGACAAUGCAGUCGUUCCCACCAGCACCUUCCUCUGGCACGACAACCCCGCAUUUGAUGCCCCAGAUGAAGAAACCACAGCCAGCCGUGAUGGAGAACAUCCAGGCUGUAAAGCCCCCUGACUGGGAAAUGGAAAGUAGAAAACAUGAGAGGCCAGAGAACAUCCUUGCAUCCUCUCAGCUCACAGAGCAGGAACUCAAGGCUCUGACAGCCCCCUUACAAUCCAUCCCUGAAAUGGAGUAUGAAGCACCACCAGCUGAUGCAGUGGGAAACACUGAGCGAGCCAUCAGGACCUCUGUGGAGCUGCUGCAGGAUGCGAGGAACUUUGCACCAAGCUAUGAAGAGUUUGACUACCCUGGGGAGGUUUUCACCCUGCCAGGCCCCUAUGAAGAUGAUGCCUUUCAAAACCUCACUCUUUUUGAGAAUUGCUCCCCAGCCUCUUCUGAGUCCAGCUUAGACAUUUGCUUCCUUAGGCCUGUUAACUUCACAUCAGAACCAGAGAGGACAGAUCAUGCCUUACAACCAUUGCCUAAGAGCUGCACUCCCGUAAGCAGCAGUACUUACAAGCGUGAGAUGUUCCACAGCAAAGGCAAGCAGCUGAGCAGGUCUCUGAAGGAGCUACCGAGGAGCGCUGAGGGCGUGAGCACCAGACUCUACAGCACACGGAGCAGCAGUGGGAGCCGGCUGCAGCAGAAGCAGGAGAGGAAUGUCCAGCCUCACAUGAUCUCAGCUUCAUCUCGAAGCUCCCAAAGGAGCUACUUCCCCCCACAGAGAGGAGCGGGUGAAAAACAGAGCUUUUUGGAAGAGCUCCAUGCAGAAGACAACACCAGGUUCUGCCAGAAGGAUGACAAUGAGCAAACAUCCUUCAGCGACCACAACCCGCGGCACGAGCCCAAGGGGGGUUUCCGGAGCUCCUUCCGCAAGCUCUUCAAAAAGAAAUAAGCAGCCCC